GUGUAGACACGCGCGUCAAAGCUUCCAUCCCUUUCCAUGCGUGCUUAAACUGCGGACUGCGCUCGAGGCUUAAAAUGGGAAAUUAUUGCGAUUCGUGAAAUAAGAAUUUUAUUGACUACAUUCUAUUCAGUUAAUAGUAUUCAGGUAUGAUUAGAGCAUUUUGUCACAAGUCGAGAAGCUGACGACUCAUGGGGAUAUAGAAACGUAACAUGGUUUUAGGACCCGGCGUUUACACUUGGAAAUGGGUGUUUUUGUAUUCAUGAGCAUAUAAAUCUGAGCUUGGAAGGCCAGAUGGCGAUGAUGGAGGAGGUCAACAUUAAUGAGAGGGACAGCAUGCCAAAGCGGAUUGCUCUCAUCUGCUUUCUAUCUCUGGUCAUGCUGAUGACUGUCCUGGGCAACCUCCUUGUCAUGGUAGCCGUCUGCAAGGACAGACGGCUUAGAAAAAUCAAGACCAACUACUUCAUAGUGUCGUUGGCGUUUGCCGACCUGCUGGUCUCAGUCCUGGUGAUGCCGUUCGGUGCCAUCGAGCUGAUCCAUCAGAACUGGAUUUACGGAGAGACGUUCUGUCUAGUUCGGACCUCACUGGAUGUUCUCCUGACCACCGCCUCUAUUAUGCACCUCUGCUGCAUCGCCCUGGACAGGUAUUAUGCCAUUUGCUGUCAGCCCCUUGUCUACAGAAACAAAAUGACACCACUGAGAGUGGCUCUGAUGAUGAGUGGAUGUUGGGUGAUUCCUGCUGUUAUAUCCUUCCUGCCUAUCAUGCAGGGAUGGAACAGUAUUGGAAUAGACCACUUGAUAGAGGCGAGGCAGCAAAGCAGCGAGGGCAGUAACUCAACGCUGUGCGUCUUCAUGGUCAACAAACCGUACGCCCUCACCUGCUCUGUGGUAGCCUUUUACAUCCCGCUGGGCCUCAUGGUCCUGGCCUACCAGCGCAUAUAUGUCACUGCUCGUGCUCAUGCACGCCAGAUCAGCAUGCUCCAGCGGGCGGGGGGUGCCAAUGCCUCGGACAGCGCUGACAACCAGCGCAACCAUCGCAUGCGGACGGAAACCAAGGCAGCCAAGACUCUUUGUAUUAUUAUGGGCUGUUUCUGCUUGUGCUGGGCACCGUUUUUCAUCAUCAACGUGGUGGAUCCGUUCAUAGACUACAGCGUACCAGAUAAGCUGUGGGCAGCAUGUCUGUGGCUGGGAUACAUCAACUCCAUGCUCAAUCCCAUCCUCUACGCCUUCCUCAACAAGUCCUUCAGACGUGCCUUCCUCAUCAUUCUCUGCUGUGGUAGGAAGCGAUACAGGAGACCCUCCAUCUUAGGCCCUGGAACCCCCUGCACUGCUACGCAGAUCAACGGAUCCACGCAUGUACUCAAGUAUUCCGCCCUGCACAACGGGAACCAUACUGAACCAGAGAAACCUUCUCUACAAAACGACACUGAGUCACAGGAGUCCUGCUUCUGACUGCGACUGACUACAAUUCCCCAAGAACAAGAUAAUACUUCAGGAUCAAAACUUCAGGCUGGCUGCACUUAUUUUCCAGGUCUGACAGUUGUGGGAAUGAAAGGUUAUGGCACAGCAAGCUGAAGAUCAUCUGGAUUGUAAUCCAAAACAGCAAAAACAGAUUUGAGUAUUGAU